AGCCAAUCCCAGCUCGGGGGCGGGGACAGGGCUAUAUAAAGCAGCCGGGCGCCGGCCGUGCCCUUCCUCAAUGCAGUGUGGAACAGGUCCGCGGACGCCGGCCUCGGAGUUGGAUCUGUUCAGUUCCCCUUCACUUGACCUUGGCGACCAGUAAAGACUGCUGGUGUUAGAGCCAGAAUCUGCGUUUCUGUUUCCCAGGCGGCGGGAUUCGGGGACAGAACGCGCUUCUCCGCGGCGCGGAAUUUGCAGAUCUGCUUGGACGUCAGGCCCUGCGGGCUGCGGCGACCUUGAGGAUCUCGGAUGGCUGCGCUGCGCCAGAUGCUGCGGGCGCCGCCCCUGCAGGCCAGGGCCCGCGCCUGGGCGGGCUCUCUGGCCACUAGCUGUCUGGCAGACCGCUGCCUCUGGGACCGGUUACAUGCCCAGCCACGUCCAAGCAGUGUCCCCACCUUCGACUGGUUCUUUGGCUAUGAGGAAGUCAAGGGAUUCCUUCUUCCGCUCCUGCAGGAGGGCAGGGUUGCCUGUCCACCUAGAGUGCUGGAUGUGGGUUGUGGAACCUCAGGCCUGUGUACGGGCCUCUACACCCAGUCGCCACACCCGGUGGACGUGCUAGGCGUGGACUUCUCUCCUGUGGCAGUGGCCCACAUGAACAGCCUUCUGGAGGGGGGCCAAGGCCAGAUGCCCCUGUCCCCAGGACACCCUGCAUCCCACCUUUGCUUCAGGCAAGCCGACGCCUUGAACCUGAGACCUGUGGCUCCCUCGGGCUCCUUCCAGCUCCUGCUGGACAAAGGCACCUGGGAUGCUGUGGCCCGGGGCGGGCUGCCUGGGGCUCACCAGAUGUUAUUGGAGUGCCUCAGGGUCCUGAGCCCCCAGGGGACACUCAUCCAGUUCUCUGAUGAGGACCCAGACGUGAGGCUGCCCUAUUUGGAGCAAACAUGUCGGAGCCGAACUGUGACCGUGCAGGAAUUAGGACCUUUUGGGGGCAUCACCUACUUUGCUUAUUUGGUUAAGGGUGCUCCUUAAAGACACUUUACCCUGUAAUCCCAGCACCCAGGAGGCUGAGGCAGGAGGAAUGCCAUGAGUUCAAGGCCAGCCUGGCUACAAAGUGAG